GACAAAGUAAUGUGACAGGUAUAACUGAGUGUUCAAACACACGUGUGCUGAUUGUGUUUGUGGCAGAAAUCUCUCUGGUUCUUCAUGGGAGGGAUUAGAAUCAAAGAGUUAUGCCAGUCAUUUAUAGUAAAACAUCUGUGUAACAAGGAAGUCUGAGCAAACACGAAAAUUACAUUCGGGUAAGAAGAUUCUGUUCACUAUUCAUCAAGGCUUGGGCUUUAUAUAAGACAAUGGUCUACCACAUACUGCUGCUGUUUCUCACCCUUUGCUUUUGUGAGGUAACUGUGGCUGGUGAAGAAACGAAUGUGUCCUGCUACAGGAUUGAGCCUAGCACCAUGGCUGGCAUCAUCAUCGCAGAUGUGAUCUUGACCCUAGCCAUUGUCUUGGUCACCUACCAUUGUGCCAGCCGGAGAAGGGAAGGGAAAGCUGAAGCUGACAAGAUCUACAUGAAUGUCAGGGCAAACUGCAAAACAUGACGUUUCCCUGAGAAUCCGACAUACCAUAAGGUUUCACAUCUCCAUGAUACUGGAUGAUGAGUUAAAUGCGCAACAAUUGUACAAUUUUUAUUUAUAUGUGAAAGCAUGUAUUUCUUUCAGGCAGCUCUCAACCAGUAUUGAACUUUUUGGAUUGUAAAUAUAUUCUGUAUUUGCACUAUGCAUAGGCAUGAUCAGGUGUCCGAUUCCGUCCCAGAUACUUCCCAUUGAUAACGUUUGCUAAGUUCGACCUACAAUAUGUUAUCAAUAAGGGUUGUGGGAUUUUAUAAAACAUUGUACCUGUAAAACCGUUUUUAUUUGUUAUAUGUUUUUGGGUGUGUGUGUGGGGGGGGGGGGGGGCGGCGGUGAGACCAUGUUUCAUAAAUUAAGAUUUUUGUGCAAAUGUACUCUCACUGUAAUACGAUAAUUCAAUCAAUCAACAUUUAUUCAUAUAGCACAUUUAAAAACAUGACACAUUGACCAAAGUGCAGUACAUCCCCAGAUCGCAACAAGCAAACAAUCACAGAUGCACAGAACACAGAGCCCAUCUGAAGCAUCACAUUGGGAUCUCCAUGCAUCAAAGGACACUCACAAGCAAAACAGAAUAGAUGCGUCAACAGCAUAGAUUUUAAAAAAUCAAUUGAGUCAGAUGCUCCAAUUUGUAGUGGGAGGCUAUUCCAGAGGGUAGGUGCUGCCACAACCAAAGUACAAUCUCUUCAGGUUCUUAAUCUGGGUUUAGGGACAUUUAAAAGGAGACUCUGUGCCAAUCUUAAGGAUCUAGCAGCUUGAUAUCUCUGCAACAGACUUGAAAUAUACAGUGGAGUAAGACCAUAUAAACCUUUAAACACCACUAGGAAGACUUUGUAUUGUAGGCCUACUCUGAAAUUGACAGGAAGCCAGUGCAAAGAAGCCUGCACUGGAGGGACGCAAAUAAACUAAACUUGUAAUAGUUCAUCGUUUUAUUUAUUUCAACUUACAUCAAAGCAAAUAAAAAUACAUGAAUAACUAAAAA